AUGUGCUUUUUGUGUGGCAGCAGCAUUUAUGGUGUGCGAUUUGUGGUGUGUGAUGUUCGCACCAGAUUCCAAUGUCUUUGCGUGAUAAAAUCGUCGCUGCAUGUUGUCUUGAUGGAGUUACGAAUGAAGCCGUCGCUUUGCGGCAACGUUUUGACAGUCCAGAUGUCCUUGGAUUCACUUGUCCAAAAACGGCAAAACACGACCCUUGCAGGCGAUGAAGGCCAUGUUUCUACUCACGACAGUCAUCUUGAGUGUCAGUGCACCUGGACUGUGUACAACUUGAUUUUCAGUGCACUUGGCAGGCUCACGUCCGUGCUCCCAGAAACUGAGCGCAGGGCACGGACUGCCAUAUGCACGCUGGCUGCAUUGCGAUAUAAGAAUAUCGUUGACGUGCGAACAGAUAUGGCCAUCUGCUGUUGUGUCAAGUUGUAA